UUAGCUGCAGUUAGCCACCGCAGCUACCGGAGGGUAUUGUGUACGAGGAUGGUGUAAGAUGGUGUAGGAGGAACAAAGAAAAUAACAAAGUUACAUACAUCCAUUAAAAUAUAAGGAUUAUAAUAAAAUAAGAAAGUCAGGAUAAAUAUGAGUGCAAUUUCCAAUAAUACUUAUCAAAAGAGGAAUCUGAGAAGUAUGCUCGCUGAACGGAAUAACUUUAUCAGUGAAGAGAUUAUAUUAUGUAAACAGGACAAUUUAAAGCAGUCUUUACAUAUAUUGAAUGAAGAAUUUGAAUCAUUCGGUAUCCCAUCGGUAACCGAAGACAGUGAUCUGCAAACCUUAGAAUCAAUGAAAAAGCUCUCUGUACAAGUGAUGAAUGCUACUUGGAAAUUAAUACAAAAACAUAGAUAUUUAAUGCGAUUGCACGAUCAGUUGAUCGAUUUAAAUCAGAAAACUGUUAAUGAUAACAAUAAUCUUAAGAAUCAUGUAAAACGCCUGAAGGAAGAUAUACAAAAGAAGGAACAUAUGAUAUGCAGAGCAGAGGAAAGAGAAAGAAGACUUGAUGGUAAAUGUGAAGAUGCAUCACGCAGCUUGAAACAGGAAAAAGACGAAAUACGAAAGCUGAAGAAACAAGCUCAGUUUAAAGAGAUUCAACAUGAGCAUGAAAUAAAAAGACUUACACAGAGUAACCAAAAGCUUCAGGAGCAGUUACAAAAGUCUACUGGUUCUUUUACACCAAGAAGUAAAUCGUUGCAAAAAAUGCAUGAAAAGGAACUAGCUUCAUACCAACAAACCAUUUGUCGUUUGGAAGAAAACAAUAGACAAAUGUUAGAAGAAAUCAAUAAUCUGAAAGAAGCUCUGGAGUUACAUCAAGCUGGAUUUGAUUUACAUAUUGAAGCAUCUGGAGCAUGGACCGAUAUAAAUACCUGAGCAUUAGAUACAACUGUGUGUGAUAUUUAUAAUUUAUUUAUUUAUAACUUAGAGAUACAAGAAAAAAAGUGCGUAUAAUUGUUAGAACUGUAUGUAUAUAUUCGCAGUAAUACAGCAGUACAGAGUUUUACAAUAUUUCGUAAACAGAGAUCUUUAUGUAUUUUGAAUGAGUUUUGUUAUUUCAAUUGUGUUAAUGUGUAUUAGAGAAAUUUUUUGAGAUUUUUGAAUAAAAUAAAGAUACUUUAUAAUUUUCUAAUGUA